CUAAGAAUGCCCAAACCACGAACCGACCCCAAAGCUCCCUCACCAUAGUUCCAACACCCAAAACAACCACAGCUUCUCAAUAUCAUCCCAUAUGGCGAAUCUUGGUAUAACCACCGUCGGGGAAGCCAAGGAAAUCCGAGGCAUGAACCUCAUCGCUGCCCACUCACACAUCCGCGGCCUCGGAAUCGAUGCAGAGACUCUCGAGCCACGGGCGGCCUCCCAGGGCCUCGUCGGUCAAGCCCGCGCGCGCAAGGCCGCGGCAAUCAUCCUGAAGAUGGUGCAGGAGGGCAAGAUCGCUGGCAGGGCCGUGUUGAUGGCUGGACCUCCGAGCACGGGGAAGACGGCGAUCGCUAUGGCUAUGGCGCAGAGCCUCGGACCAGACGUGCCGUUCACGAUGUUAUCGAGUUCGGAGAUCUUCUCUUUGGACAUGAGCAAGACUGAGGCCCUCACGCAGGCUUUCAGACAGAGUAUCGGUGUUCGGAUUAAGGAAGAGAGCGAGGUUAUUGAAGGGGAGGUCGUGGAGAUUCAGAUUGAUAGAUCUGUUACGGGGGGCCACAAACAAGGAAAACUCACUAUGAAAACCACUGACAUGGAAACAAUGUACGACCUGGGCACCAAGAUGAUCGACGGCCUCACAAAGGAGAAAGUAAUGGCCGGCGAUAUUAUCAGCAUUGACAAGUCCUCCGGGAAAAUCACCAAGCUCGGCCGUUCAUUCACUCGAUCCCGUGACUACGACGCGAUGGGUCCCGACACAAAGUUCGUCCAAUGCCCCGAGGGCGAGAUCCAGACACGCAAGGAAUCGGUCCACACCGUCUCCCUGCACGAGAUCGACGUCAUCAACUCCCGCACCCAGGGCUUCCUCGCGCUCUUCUCCGGCGACACCGGUGAGAUUCGCAGUGAGGUCCGUGACCAGAUUAAUAUCAAGGUUGGGGAGUGGAAGGAGGAAGGCAAGGCUGAGAUCGUGCCCGGCGUGCUGUUCAUCGACGAGGUGCAUAUGCUGGAUAUCGAGUGCUUCUCGUAUAUCAAUAGAGCCUUGGAAAGUGAACUCUCGCCGAUUGUUAUCAUGGCGAGUAAUCGUGGGAACACCAGGAUUCGCGGGACGAACUACAGGAGCCCGCAUGGGCUUCCAUUGGACUUUUUGGACAGGGUGGUUAUCAUGCCGACGUACCCUUAUGGACCUGAGGAAAUUAAGGAGAUUCUUGCCAUUAGGGCUCAAGAAGAAGAAAUAACCCUCUCUCCUGAUGCCCUCGCUCUCCUCACCAAGAUAGGCCAGGAAACCGGCCUCCGUUACAGUUCCCAUCUUAUCACCACUGCAAGCCUUAUCGCCGCAAAGAGGAAAUCAAGCUUGGUCGAGGUUGGCGACGUCCAACGAAGCUACAAGCUCUUCUUCGACCAAGGGCGAAGCUCUCAAUAUCUCCAAGAGUACGAAAAGAAAUUUAUCAGCGAGGAAGGCAACGUUACAUUCGCUGGUGGUGAUACUACAGCCGGCGGGGGAGAUAGGAUGGAAAUUUCAUAGAGAAGUGGGGUUGCGUUAUCAAGGCUGUUCUUUCUUCUUACUCUUGCCACAUACAAAAAGCGAUUGGGGGGGGUGGGGAAUAUCUAGUAAUGAUUAUGCUCUGUAUUUUUAAAAGUAGCGAUUCCGAUUCACGAAGAUAGAUUCGGGUUCUUGCACUUAAAAA